UCGAAUAUUCUUUAAUUUGUUCAUGUAAAAUGACCAUGAGGGAUAUGGGGAGUACUUUAACUCUAAAAAGAUCCAACUCUUUGUAGGUAUAUGGGGAGAUUCGGAAGCAUUUAACGAUGAGGGACUAGGUCCGAUUCCAUCUCGAUGGAAAGGUAAAUGCAUAUCUGAAGGAAACUUCGAUGCCACAAAACAUUGUAACAGAAAGAUCAUUGGAGCUCGUUGGUACAUAAAGGGAUUGAUGGAAGAAAGGAAACUAAACGAGACAAUGGUCAGGCAAUUAUAUAAUUUAUCAUCAUUAGAUAACACUGGACAUGGUACACAUGUUGCCUACACAGCUGCUGGUUCUUAUGUUAACCAUCUUGAAUACUAUGGCCUUAACAUGGGGACAACACGAGGAGGAGCACCACUUGCACGAUUAGCUAUUUAUAAGGUAUCCUGGAAAGACGCGAAAGGUGUGCCAUUUUCUAGUGGUGCUGAUAUUCUUUCUGCUAUUGAUGAUGCCAUAAGAGACGGGGUUGAUAUAUUAUCAGCAUCUCUUGCUGGUGGUCCUUUAACCUUAGCUGAAGUUCAUGCCGAAAGUAUAUUGGGCAUAGGAUCUUUUCAUGCAGUAUCCCAUGGCAUACCUUUUGUUGCUGGUGCAGGAAAUAGUGGACCUAACUCAAACACAAUCGUCAAUAGUUCUCCAUGGCUUAUAACGGUUGCUGCUAGCAACGACGAUAAACAAAUUGUUACUCCUUUAACACUUGGCAACAACAAGACAAUACUAGGUCAAGGACUUAUUAAAGGGAAGGGAAGAAGUGACUUUGCUCCUUUGGUCUUUCCUGGCUGUAUAACAAAUCCUAAAGACGUCAUGUCUAUUGCCAAUGAAGUGAAAGGAAAAGUUGUCAUGCUUUUCUCGGAAACCAAACCGGAUAUUGUUGGAUACCUGAUAGCACUAAAUAAUACAGGAGUUUCGGCUUUUAUUUAUGCUAUGCCCCCUCUUGAUGGAAUCGAAGACUUCAAUCAAAUUGUUGGUGUCCCUAUACCAUUUAUUGCCAUCGAUUUCGAGCAAGGAAACCAAAUUGUUGAUUAUUUUAUAAAUUGUAAAUCCAAUAAUCAAGAUCCUAUGAUUAAAUUGGGCCGAUCUGAAGUUCUUGAGGGUAAGAAGACAGUCCUAAAGGUGCCUAAGUUCUCAUCAAGAGGCCCAAAUUCCUUUACCCCAGAAAUUCUGAAGCCCGAUGUUGCUGCUCCUGGUGUAAAUAUACUCGCAACAUUUAUUCCUCGCUCUGGAGACAAUGGAUUCAAACUUGAGUCAGGAACAUCUAUGGCAGCCCCUCAUGUCUCAGGAAUUGUGGCACUCCUCAAAGCUGCACAUCCUAAUUGGUCUCCUGCAGCUAUCAAAUCCGCACUUGUGACUACUGCAUGGAACGAGGACACAUAUACAACUGAAAUCUUUUCAGAAGGAGCAGGAGACAAACUAGCUGAUCCAUUUGAUUUCGGAGGUGGAAUUUGUAAUCCAAAUGGAGCGACGGAUCCUGGCUUAGUCUAUGACAUGGAUAAAGAUGAUUAUUUGAAUUAUCUUUGUAGCUUAGGUUAUAGUAAUGAGAUGGUUUAUAAUGCAACUAAUAUUUAUCGUCUAGCAAAAAUUCAACUGCAGCAGGAGGCAUUGUAUGUCCGAAAAAAAUCCCCUCUAGGUUGGAUUUGAAUCUCCCUUCAAUAUCUAUUCCAAACCUCAAGAACUCAGUUACUGUCAAGAGAACUGUUACAAAUGUUGGAAAUGUCAACUCCAUAUACAAAGUAUUGGUUAAACCUCCGAGAAAUACUGCUAUUAAAGUAAGUCCACGUGUCUUGAAGUUUAACGCAAUGACAAAGAAGAUUUCUUUUGAGGUCAAAAUCACAUCUACUCACCAAAGUAGUACUAAAUUUACCUUUGGAAGUUUGGCGUGGAGUGGUGGCAAGCAUUUUGUUAGAAUUCCUAUUGCUGUGAGAAAGCAAAUAGAUGUGUAAAUUAAAGAAAAAGAUUUUGGCAUGGAUUGAUGACACGCAAUUUGUUAGCGAAAAAAAAAAAAAAGAUGUAUAGUAUGCUUUUUGCUCAAACCCCCUCCCCUCUUAGUUCUCUUUCUUCAUGUUUUUCUUUCCUUUUUUUUUUUUUGAAGAUGUAAUUAGAUAGAGAAGUGAAUAAUUAACAAAUA